AUGUCUCAUGUGUACUCCUGCAGCUCAAACAGAGGUUUCAGGAGAUCAAGGGAAAUUGAAAAGGACAUGACAGAAUAUAGAGAAGACUGGAAAAACAAAUUGGGCACAACAGAACUGCAUGUGGCUGCCGAAAAUAACGACAUUCAAUUGGUAUCCAAGUUAGUAGAGAACGGCGCAGAUAUCCAUGCUCAGAAUAAAGAUUACCAGACCGCCCUUCACUUGGCCGCUAAAUCGGGCGCCGUUGAAGUAGCUUCGUUGCUGAUUAAGAGUGGCGCUAAAGUCAAUGCAGUGGCCAGUGGUUACUCGGCUCUGCACUGGGCUGCAGAGAAAGAUCAUAAAGACGUUGUCACUUUGUUGUUGCAAAAUGAUGCCGACUUGCACUUAAGAACAUAUAUAGGUACCCCAUUGGCUAGAGCUGCGGCAGGCGGCGCCGUUCAAACCGCAGCUCUGCUUCUAGAGACUGGAGUUCCUACACGAUACAGAUGGUGGAGUUUGGCACUGCGAAAUGCUGUUGUAAGUGGAGCUGCCGAAAUAGUUUCUUUGCUCGUUGAGAAAGGCGCAAACGUUCAAACUACUUACCAACAAGGAUGGACUACCUUGCAUUUUGCCGUUAAGAAAGACAAUUUACAAUUAAUUUCCUUGCUGCUGGAGAAAGGAGUAAAUGUAAAUGGAAAAGACAAAUACAAGCGCACGCCACUACACGUAGCUGCAGAGAAUGGCGCAGCCGAAGCAACGGCCCUCCUACUUCGGAACGGCGCCGAUUUACACGCCAAGGACUAUUGGAAUAGGAUGGCAUUGCACCUAGCCGCAGAGAACGGUGUAAUCAACAUUGUCUCCUUGCUGCUGGAAAAUGGAGCCAACGUCAAUGCAAGAGGCGAAAAUAUGAGGACAGCCUUGCACUAUGCAUCGAGUAAAGGCUUCGCAAAAGUAGUCUUUUUGCUGCUCAACAAAGGUGCAAAAGUGUUGGUAAAAGACAACGAACGUCAAACACCGCUGCACUGCGCUGCAAAGGCGGAAGCGGCCGACGUCGCUACCCUGCUGUUGCUGAACGAUGCAGAUGUCAACACAAAGGACCAAUACGGUUACACUGCAUUGCAUCUGGCCGUCGAUAGGAGAGCCGAUGAUGUCGCCACACUUUUAAUUCAAUAUGAUGCUGAUGUCAAUGCCCAAACAAAUGGCGGCACCACACCUUUGCACUUAGCCGCUAGAAGUUGCAGCAUUGACACCACCUCUCGGCUGUUGCGAAACGGUGCCAACAUCAAUGCAGCGGGCGGUUUCUAUGGAGAGACUGCUUUGCACUUGGCUACCAAGAAGUGUGCUUCAAAUGUUAGCCCCCUACAUCACAGUGUAGAUAACAUUAAAGUAAAAAAGAAAACGAUACCACAUAUCGACGCUGAACAAGCAGCAAGCGACACUGUUCGCCUACUUUUACAAAAUGGUGCUGAUGUCAAUACAAAGGACGCUAAAGGUCGCACAGCACUGCACCUAGCCGUAAAAAAUGGUGAUGUUGAUAUCAUCUCCCUGCUCUUAAAAUUGAAUGCAGAUGUUGACGUUCAAGACAAAACUAAUAACACAGCUCUUCACUUGGCUGCUGAAAUGGGUAAUAUUGAUAU